AUGUUAAUGUCCGCUGACAGCUCUGACUGUCGUCCAAGCAGCAGUGACUGUGAAGGUGCCAGCACUUCACAGCAUGCAUCUGCAAUAAAUGCUAUAAAUCAAGCCAAUCAUAAUCAAAACCAGAACCCUAAUCAAAUUCCUAAUCAAAACCUAAUGAAAACUGAAACAAGUGGUAAAACCUCAGUGAUUUGCAUGUCCUUCGGGUCCGCAAAUGAACAAAUGCACAAAGAACAAAAUCAACUCAAUGGCAAUAGCAUAGUGCAAGCCUUACCGACCCCCUCGAGCACUACGCAAACAACACAAGUUGUUGUUGGACGUUCACAUUUAGAAAAUGCACUCAAAUUGCCACCACACACAAGUGUUUCUGCAUAUUAUCAAAACACAAAGUUAAUGCCAAGUUCACAGAACAAUUUAAUGUCCAACGAUCAUGAGUCGUCGUCACAUCGUCAACAACAGAUCGUGGAACAGCAAUCGCAUGCAAAUUCACAAGAUUGCGUUAUCUUUCAAGCUCCUCAAGACUAUCGUACUAUAGCACAACAUAAUAACAAUAAUAAUCGCGUUAUCGGUAGUGUUAGUUAUGCACACGCGUGUACAUCAGCUGCGGCGGCUAUGUCGGUACCUGUCACAGAAAUGGAUACUGUGCCAACAGGUGCAUCUUCGUCCACAGCCACGUCGUCGGUUAUGCCAAUGUGCGCGCGUAAAAUGCCACAUAGCAACGUUAUCUAUGCUAAUAAUAAUGAGAAUAUGAAUUCAAAUCCAAUGCAACAUCUACCACAACCACAACAACAGCAAUCCAGUGUACACCAUUCAAAAAUUCUGCAGAAUGCAAAUAGUAUUAAUGCACCCACAAGCACUUAUGUGGGUAGCAGUAUUGCCUCGCAUCAUCAUAAUCACAGUGUCGUUAGUACCAGUGACAUUCCCUCAAACGCUGUAAAUACCAUGUAUGACAAUUAUGCUCACAACUCCAGUGCUUAUCACCCACACGCCAAUAUGGGCAAUGGUACUAACAGUAUUUAUCACCCACAACAGCAACAUGUUGCAACUGUUGCUAGUGGCAAUCACUUGAAUGGUAGUGGCACGGUUGUUGUUGUUGCUGCCGAUUCGCGUCCACAAACACCGGACUACAUCAAAUCUUACCCAGUUAUGGAUACAACUGUGGCUAGUUCGGUAAAAGGUGAACCGGAACUUAAUAUUGAAUUUGAUGGCACAACUGUUUUAUGUCGAGUUUGUGGUGACAAGGCAUCCGGUUUUCAUUAUGGAGUACAUUCUUGUGAGGGCUGUAAGCCAAACAGUCAAGGCUUCACAUGGACACCCUAA